AUGUGGAAUUCAUUGGUCGACUUACAAGCUUCAUCUCUAGUGUCCUCUCACCCUUGGGCUGUGUUGGGAGAUUUUAAUCAGAUGCUGCGUACCUCACAUCACUCCAACCACCUCGUCUCUCGUGUUGAUGUCUCUGGAAUGGAUGAUGCUAACUUGGGUCUUCAGGAUGCUCAAUUGUAUGAGGCACAAGCUAAGGGUGUUCCAUACACUUGGAGGAACAGUCAGGAUGUUAGUCCUAUAUCCACGAGAAUCGAUCAUGCCUUCAUUAAUCAACCGUGGUCUUCAUUAUUCCUUGACUCGUAUGCGGAAUUUCUCGAUCCUUGUCAAUCUGAUCAUGCACCGUGGAUAGUAAGAGAAGCUUGGAACACAGACCUGAUCACUGGCACAAAUCAAUUUAAGCUGGUUCGAUCCCUAAAGCUGUUGAAGAGACCGUUGAGAAGCUUAAAUAAGAGGCACUUCAGUGGUAUAUCUGAUAGGGUUAAAGAGCAGAAAGAGAAAGUUGAUAUUCUCCGGAGAGCUCUCCUUACUUCGCCGAACUCUGCUACUGCCCAAGAGGAGCAUGCUGAAAGAGACAAGUUAAAUGUUCUACUCAAGGCAGAAGAAAAAUUCUACAGACAGAGGUCGAGGGUUCGUUUGGCAGAUGUAGGUGAUCGUAACACACAUUUCUAUCACAUGACUGUGUCUACUCAUGCCACUAGAAAUCAUAUCCACUAUCUUAAAGACGCCGAUGAUCGUGUUCUGUAUUCUGCGGAGGAGAUCAAAUCUCAUGCUGCUGAUUAUUUCCAGGGGAUCCUAGGUGCCAUAGAUCUACCCUUUUCUUCAGUUUCUCUGGAUAUCUUGGUGUCUUUGCUGCCUUUUCGAUGCACUGAUCUCCAGAAAAAUUACUUAAAACGGGAAGUGACAGCAGCGGAGAUCAAAGCUACUCUAUUUGCGAUGCCUUUUAACAAGAGUCCAGGGCCUGAUGGUUACUCCGUUGAGUUUAUCAGAUCCUCUUGGGACGUCGUGGGUCAGGAUAUUACAUCUGCUGUAAGAUAA